AUGUCCCUCCUUUACACCAUCCUUCUAUUUACACAACUUUUAUUAUCGCCAACCAAUGCUUUUGAUAGUUCUGGUAACACAAAUAUUGCUGUUUACUGGGGUCAAAACUCAGCGGGAACACAAGAAUCUUUAGCCACUUACUGUCAAUCUUCUGAUGCCGAUAUUUUCCUCCUGUCUUUCUUGAACCAAUUUCCGACCCUUGGUUUAAACUUUGCCAAUGCAUGCUCCGAUACUUUUUCCGAUGGAUUACUUCACUGUACUCAAAUUGCCGAGGAUAUUAAGACUUGCCAAUCGCUAGGUAAGAAAGUUCUAUUAUCUUUAGGUGGUGCAUCUGGUAGUUACUUAUUUGCAGAUGAUUCUCAAGCAGAAACUUUUGCCCAAACUUUAUGGGAUACUUUUGGCGAAGGCACUGGUGCUAGUGAACGGCCAUUUGACUCAGCUGUUGUUGAUGGUUUUGAUUUCGAUAUCGAAAACAAUAACAAAGUGGGUUAUAGUACCUUAGCCGCCAAAUUGAGAAUUUUAUUUGCCGAAGGCACCAAGCAGUAUUACCUUUCUGCCGCUCCCCAAUGUCCAUACCCAGAUGCUUCUGUUGGUGACUUGUUAGAAAAUGCAGACAUUGAUUUUGCGUUCAUCCAAUUUUACAAUAAUUACUGCAGUGUUAGUGGCCAAUUCAAUUGGGACACCUGGUUAACUUAUGCUCAAACUGUAUCCCCAAACAGAAAUAUUAAGCUCUUUUUAGGUUUGCCUGGUUCCGCUUCUGCUGCCGGUUCUGGUUAUAUUUCUGAUGUUUCUUUAUUACAAUCAACAAUUGGUGAGAUAAGUUCCUCAAGUUCUUUCGGUGGUAUUGCGUUAUGGGAUGCAUCUCAAGCCUUUUCCAACCAGCUAAAUGGGGAACCAUAUGUGCAGGUUUUGAAAGAUUUACUAAAAAGUGCUAACUCGGUUUCAACUUCAUCGAUUACAACUUCAAAAUCCACAGUUACAUUGACUUCAUCUAGUUCUACUUCUCAGAAAAUAGCUACUAAAACAAAGACAUCUAUACAGAGUAAGAGCAAAAUCACUUUAUCGCCAACGCUCAGCCACACUGACAAAACAUCAACUACGAAAACAAAAAACACAUCUAGGAGUACCACCAAGACAAAAUCUAUUCCAGCUGCAACCACAACUAAAUCUGCUUCGAAUCCCUCUACUACCACAAGUACAAGAAGCACUCUAUCUUCCCUCAUAACCACUUCUACCGUAAUAACCCCUCAAACACCCAUCUCUAGCACAGUUCUUCCAACAUUGGCUCAAACGAUAACUACUAGCACACUAUCGCCAACAACCACAAGCUCUCCAGCGGUAUCCGUGCAAACGACUACCGUUAACACACUUUCUCCAACAACGACGGGUACAAGUGUAGAAAAUACAGCUCAUACAACAGCUAAACAAUUGAAUGCCCAAUAUGCAGCUGGCCAAUUGAACGGUAAGUCCACUUGUGAUGAAGGUGAAAUUGCAUGUUCUGCUGAUGGAAAACUGGCUGUUUGUGAUCAUAGCGCUUGGGUUUAUAUGGAAUGUGCUCCAGGAACUACGUGUUAUGCUUAUGAUUCUGACAAUUCGGUCUAUACUCAAUGUAAUUUCUCUUAUCUGGAAAGCAAUUUUUUUUAA